AUGGAUUCUGCAAGAAGUUGGUUUCACAAGUUUCAACCACGAGACAAGCCCCGGAAAAAAGAUAUGUUCUCCGGUAGCACUUGCGGCGGCGGGACAGAAACCGCCGUCAACGGCGGAGAAAAUGAAACAGAGACGGCGACUAAACUUCCGCCACUAGGCGGAGAAGGAGAAGCACUCUCAAAUACAACCAAACAGAAAGUUGCCGCAGCCAAACAGUACAUUGAGAAUCAUUAUAAGGAACAGAUGAAGAAUCUCAACGAGAGAAAGGAGAGACGAACAACGCUUGAGAAGAAGCUAGCAGAUGCAGAUGUAUCUGAAGAAGAUCAAAACAAUCUUAUAAAGUUUCUUGAGAAGAAAGAAACAGAGUACAUGCGACUCCAGAGGCAUAAGAUGGGUGCUGAUGAUUUCGAACUUUUAACUAUGAUCGGUAAAGGAGCUUUUGGAGAGGUUCGAGUUUGUAGAGAGAAGAACACAGGUCAUGUUUUUGCGAUGAAGAAACUCAAGAAAUCAGAAAUGCUUCGCCGAGGCCAGGUGGAGCAUGUGAGAGCAGAGAGGAAUCUAUUGGCAGAAGUAGACAGUAACUGUAUAGUGAAACUUUACUGUUCUUUCCAAGACAAUGAGUAUCUUUACCUGAUAAUGGAGUAUUUGCCCGGCGGCGAUAUGAUGACUCUUCUGAUGAGGAAAGACACUUUGAGUGAAGAUGAAGCUAGAUUCUAUGUCGCUGAAGCUGUUCUCGCUAUUGAAUCUAUCCAUAAACGCAACUAUAUCCACAGGGACAUAAAGCCAGAUAACUUGUUGCUUGAUAGAAUUGGACAUUUGAGGUUGUCUGAUUUUGGACUAUGCAAGCCAUUAGAUUGUAGUGUUAUUGAAGGAAAAGAUUUCUCGGUUGGAAAUUCGUGUAACGAAGGAGGUUCAGAGAGCGAAGAGAACGCCGCAGCAGCAACCGCUCCUAAACGCUCGCAGCAAGAACAGUUGCAACAUUGGCAAAAGAAUCGAAGAAUGCUUGCUUACUCAACCGUUGGUACACCUGACUAUAUUGCACCUGAAGUCUUGUUAAAGAAAGGAUACGGCAUGGAAUGUGACUGGUGGUCACUAGGAGCUAUAAUGUAUGAGAUGCUUGUUGGGUAUCCACCGUUUUACUCUGACGACCCAAUGUCUACUUGUAGAAAGAUAGUGAAUUGGAGAACACAUUUGAAGUUCCCUGAAGAAGCAAGGCUAUCACGAGCGGCUAAGGAUCUUGUUUGUAAGCUUUUGAGUAACGUUAACCAACGAAUCGGCUCUACCGGUGCCUCCCAAAUUAAGGCACAUCCUUGGUUCGAAGGCAUAGAAUGGGAAAAGAUUUACCAAAUGGAAGCUGCUUUUAUUCCUGAGGUCGACGACGAUUUGGAUACUCAAAACUUUGAGAAGUUCGAUGAGGAAGAUAAUCAAAAUCAAGCACCCUCUAGAACAGGACCAUGGAGAAGAAUGUUAUCUUCAAAAGACAUAAAUUUUGUCGGCUACACAUACAAAAACUUCGAAAUCGUCAACGAUUAUCAAGUCCCUGGGAUAGCGGAACUGAAGAAGAAAGAGACUAAACCAAAGAGACCAUCGGUUAAGUCACUAUUCGAAAGCGAAUCGGAUUCUUCGUCGGACAUGUCAGCGAUGGUGGCUGGUUCGGAACAACACAUCGUUAACCGGAGUAUAUCGAAUCCAACGCCUCGUGAAUAUGAACCCAACCUGAGACGUCUAGAGUCCGAGUAGAUAUCUCCAUCUACACAUAUACCAACCUGAACCGGAACUAAUGAACUAAAAUUAAAGUAUACCGAACUUAGUUUGGAGACGGAUACCGAAUAACUAUUAAUUCUCUUAUUCUUUUGUUAGCCCUAAUUAAUCUGCAGAUUGCAAUACAUUCGGUAUUAAUAUAAUC